CCCGCCCGGUGGCGCCGCCAUUGUUUGCAGCCCCGCGCUGAGGGAGUGAGUGAGCGAGUGACCGCGGCCCCUCCGGCCUAUGGCAUGGACGGCCGCACGGCAUGACCCCAGGCGAUGGGCUGAGCGGCCGCGAUCAUGGUGCAGAAAGGGAAGCGGAGGGAGGCGGCAGCGGGCGGGGAGCGAGACGGAGACGGGCCGGCCGUCAGGAGGCUGCGGGUGGGCUUCGUGGGUGUGGAGGGCGCCGAGCCCGCCUGUUCCCGGGACGGUGCCUUGUUGAUCGCGGGCCGCUCGCCCGCCCGCAGACCCCGCACCCGGCGCAGCGCCUGCUACCGCCGCCUGCAGAACUUCAUGUACAACGUGCUGGAGCGGCCCCGCGGAUGGGCAUUCGUCUACCACGCCUAUGUCUUUCUGCUGGUCUUCUCCUGCCUGGUUCUGUCAGUCUUCUCCACCAUUGAGGAAUACAAGAAGAGUUCUGAGGGAGCACUCUAUAUUCUGGAGAUUGUGACGAUCGUGGUGUUCGGCGUGGAGUACCUGGUGCGCGUCUGGUCCGCCGGCUGCUGCUGCCGUUACCGUGGCUGGAGGGGCCGCCUGAAGUUCGCCCGCAAACCCUUCUGUGUGAUCGACGUGAUGGUGCUGGUGGCUUCCAUCGCCGUACUGGCGGCCGGCACGCAGGGCAACGUCUUUGCCACCUCCGCAUUGCGCAGCCUGCGCUUCCUGCAGAUCCUGCGCAUGAUCCGCAUGGACCGGCGUGGCGGCACCUGGAAGUUGCUGGGCUCCGUGGUCUACGCUCACAGCAAGGAGCUGAUCACUGCCUGGUAUAUUGGCUUCCUCUGCCUCAUCCUCGCCUCCUUCCUGGUUUUCCUGGCAGAGAAGGAUGACAACAAGGAGUUUGCAACAUACGCAGAUGCCUUGUGGUGGGGUUUGAUCACGUUGACCACCAUCGGCUAUGGCGACAAGUACCCCAUCACCUGGAAUGGCCGCCUGCUGGCCGCCACUUUUACCCUCAUCGGAGUGUCCUUCUUCGCUCUGCCAGCGGGAAUCCUGGGUUCAGGGUUCGCGCUGAAGGUUCAGGAGCAACAUCGGCAGAAACACUUUGAGAAGCGACGGAAUCCCGCGGCUGGCCUCAUCCAGACUGCCUGGCGUUACUACUCCACCAGCCUGUGUCGGACCGAUCUCCACGCCACAUGGCAAUGCUUUGAACAAACGUUGACUGUCCCAAUGUACCGGCUGAUUCCUCCUCUCAACCAGUUGGACUUACUGCGCAACCUGAAGAGCAAGUCGGGACACACGUUCAGUAAACACAAACCCCGGCGUGAUUCCGUGUGUGGAAUGUGCUGCUCUGGAGACCCUAGCAGCAAGGUGAGCCUGAGGGAGCGUUUCUCCAGUCCCAAGGGUCCUGGCGGCAGAGGCAACGGUCCAGAGCAGGGUGAGGUGCGGCGAUCGCCCAGCGCCGACCACAUUGAUGAGAGCCCCGACAAGGUACAGAAGACCUGGAGCUUCACCGACAGGAGCCGCUUCCGGCACGCCUUCCGGCUGAAGGGAGCAGCCUCACGGCACAACUCCGAUGACCAGGGCAGUCUGCCCGAUGAACUCAUCCCGGACAACAGGAGCUACCAGUGCGAGUUCGUCUCGGACGACCUGACGCCCGGGCUGAAGGUGUCCAUCCGAGCCUUGUGUAUCAUGAAGUUCCUGGUUUCCAAGCGGAAGUUCAAGGAGAGCUUGCGGCCGUACGAUGUGAUGGAUGUGAUUGAGCAGUACUCGGCUGGACACUUGGACAUGCUGUCCAGGAUCAAGAACCUGCAGUCCAGGAUAGAUAUGAUUGUGGGUCCCCCGCCCCCUUCAACUCCCCGGCAUAAGAAGCUUAAAGAAGUCCUCACCACGUCCAAAGAUUCAGUCCAAUACUCUCCUAGGGUGGACCAAAUCGUUGGCCGCGGCCCCCAGAUACAGGAGAAAGAUUGCUCCAAGAUCCCAACGGAGCCAGACAUCCCUGAGGAUCCUAGCAUGAUGGGGCGGCUUGGCAAGAUGGAGCGACAGGUGCACUCCAUGGAGAAGAAGCUGGACUUCCUGGUCAACAUCUACAUGCAGCGCAUGGGCAUCCCACCAUCAGAGACCGAGGCCUACUUCAUCUCCAAGGAGCCUGACCCCGCUCCGCCCUACCACAGCCCCGUGGGCGUGGACAACCUUCAACUGAGCGACAAGACGACCAACGGCAACAAGACCACGUGCUCCUGCGCCGCCCACAAACCCUUCCCUGGACAGGGGGGCACCUCGCUGCCCCAUGGCUGCCCACCCUCCACCUCCUUCCACCAGCACUCGGUGAACGGGCUGAGUCGGCACAGUCAUGGCACGCUGACCUUCGUCACCUCGCCCGUGGGCACGCCCUUUGUCAGGAUCCCCCCCCCUCCCUCCACCUCACACGAGCGGAUGUCCAGCCACGGGGGCUCGGAGCACGCGAGGCACGGGGGGCAUGGCAGCAGACGGACGGACACGGGGCUGAAGGAGAGGGACAGUGACACCUCCAUCUCCAUCCCCUCUGUAGACCACGAGGAACUGGAGAGGUCCUACAGCGGCUUCAGCAUCUCGCAGUCCAAGGACAACCUGGAGCAGGCGGGCGGCCUCCCCCACUCCACCACCACCCCCUGGUCCAAGGUGCGCCUCUACAUCGCCGAGGGAGAGUCUGACACUGACUCUGAAGCAUGCACUCCCUGCGGACCGCCAAGGCUGGGCACCAACGAAGUGCCACACUGUGACUUUGCAUGGAUCUCAAAGUAGACAAGAGGGCAUGGGUAUGUUGGACCAGGGGAGGGUGAGUCGGCACUGGCGUGGUUAGAGGUAGACCUUUACCACAAUGCCAAGGAGACAACCUGAUCUUCUACAGCCACCAACCCUGCCGCCAGUCGCCCUGGACCACUGGGUUCUCAAUGGUUCUCAAGUCUCAACCUGUCCUGUCCCUUCAGAACCCCCCCCCCCCCCCCCCCCGCCCCCAUUGCAUCCGGCAUCCUACCCAAGCCCUCUAAGAGGAAGUCUUCCCCCCCCCCCCCCCCCCCCAAUGGUUUAAACGUCCCCUCCCCUCCAUCCGACCGCUGAAUGUACCCCCUCCACACCACCUUGUUCAGGUGGGCAGAUGGGGGGGGGCGGGGGGAGUGCAGGGGUAAAAAGAGCACUCUGGAAAAUGGCUGUGGAGUUACCCAGGUGAGGGAGGGAGGGAGGGAUUCCAAACACGAGGAUUGAUUCAAGAGCUGAAGGAAUGGCGAGUGGAUGGGAUUGGGAAUCUUUUCCACAAAGAGGAAUUGAUGGAGAGGAUGGUGAAGCAGGCAUCUUCAGUUGAUGCAUCGUUCAGUAUUACUGCCUCCCUGGCUACUUCUGACAUUAAUCAUGUUUAACGUUCAUUCUGUUUUUAUCAUUAAAUGCCUUAGGUACCAGGGUGGGAGGUUGGCGUGGAGAUGCCAGGUAUAACCAUGCUGCCUCAUAUUGCCCCCCCCCCCCCCCCCCCCCCCCCUCUCUGUUUUAUCUCA